AUGGCACUCACAGUUUCUGGGAAGACGGCCAUCGUGACGGGCGCAGGCUCGGGCAUCAACCUGGCCUUUGCACAACUGCUGCUUGAGAACAACUGCAAUGUCCUCUUUGCCGACCUCACCAUGCGGCAAGAAGCACAGGUCCUCGUCAACAAGUACAGCCAGGCGGAUCCCACCUCCUCGGCGGCACGAGCAGCCUUCCACCGGACGGACGUGACAGACUGGUCACAGCUCGAGGCUAUGUUCCUCGCCGCCGAGUCCGCCUUCAACACGCCCAUCGAUAUUGUCUGUCCCGGCGCGGGCGUCUACGAGCCCGCCUUCUCCAACUUCUGGCUGCCUCCUGGUUCGGAGCAGUCGUUCGACUCGCCCCUGGGCUCCCGAUACGCGUCGCUGGACAUCAACCUCACACACCCGAUCCGCUGCACCCAGCUCGCCAUCGCGCACUUCCACAAGCACAAGCGCCCCGGCGUCGUGGUCCACAUCUCGAGCAUCGCCGCCCAGCGGCCUUUUAUCGCGUGCCCGCUCUACGUCGCCGCCAAGUCUGGAGUGUCCAACUUUGUGCGGAGCCUCGCGCAGCUCGAGACCCCGCCCAAGGAGACUGGGCUCGCCCCCGUGCGGGUCGUCGCCGUCGCUCCCGGGGUGAUCAAGACGCCGCUGUGGACCGACAACCCGGAGAAGCUGGCGUGGGUGGACGCGGAGCGGGACGAGUGGGCCACGGCCGAGGAGGUUGCGGCCGCGAUGCUGAGGCUCGUCCAGGAGCCCGAGUAUGUCGGCGGCACGGUGCUCGAGGUUGGCAAGGAACAGGUCCGGAAGGUCGAGGUGCUGAAUGAUCCCGGGCCAAGCGGUGCCGGGCACACGGUCAGCCGCUGGACCCAGGGAUAUCAGGAGACCUGGGAGAGGCUAUCACAGGACGGAUGGGGGCAGACACUGGGUGGCAAGGUGUAA